AAAAAAAAAAAAAAGACACUCUGGGUUUACGACUUUUACGGCUCGCUUUCCGGUCAGAACUGAGGUGCCUGAAGGCUGGUUGGGAUGGUGAGGCCUGAGGACUAGCUUCUGGGAUUGCUGAGCAGCCUUUUCAAUACAACAUGGACGCUGUGGUCUUGAGUUACAUGGACAGCCUGCUGCGGCAGUCAGAUGUCUCACUGUUGGAUCCUCCAAACUGGCUCAAUGACCGUGUUAUCGGGUUUGCCUUUGAGUACUUUGCUAACAGUCAGUUUCAUGACUGCUCGGACCACAUCUGCUUUAUCAGCCCCGAAGUCACUCAGUUCAUCAAGUGCACCAGCAACCCCUCAGAGAUCGCCAUGUUCCUUGAACCCCUGGAUCUUCCCCACAAGAGAGCCAUAUUUUUAGCCAUCAAUGAUAAUUCCUGCCAGGCAGCUGGGGGUACCCACUGGAGUUUGCUCGUUUAUCUCCAAGAUGAAAAUAGCUUCUUUCAUUAUGAUUCCAACAGCAGAAGCAACUCAAUCCAUGCAAAGCAGGUAGCAGAGAAACUGGAGGCUUUCUUAGGCAGCAAAGGAGACAAACUGGUCUUUGUGGAAGAGAAAGCCCCAGCUCAACAAAACAGCUAUGACUGUGGGAUGUACGUGAUAUGUAACACUGAAGCCUUGUGUCAGAACUUCUUUAGGCAACAGCCAGAAUCGCUGUUGCAGCUACUCACCCCUGCGUACAUCACAAAGAAGAGGGGAGAAUGGAAAGAUCUGAUUGCCAGACUUGCUAAAAAGAAAAAGAAAUAGUUACUGCAGAACCCUUGUGACCUUUGAAUUCUCUCCUCUUCCUUUCCCCAUUUGGUGGGGGGAUACAGUCUCAGUGCCUAAAGGAGAUGACAUAAACGAAGGGUUACUAGUUCUA